UCAACUAACAACAAACGCAAGUGCUCUCUCGUCGUUACCAUCUUUAUAACUUCACACGUUCUCUCAGUUCUUUGGAAGCCAACAUUCAAAGCAUGAGUCGUUUCUGGACUUUCCUCACAAGCCUUCAUUCAUUAGCCGGGCCCUUGGUGAUGUUGCUGUAUCCAUUAUAUGCAUCGGUUAUAGCAAUAGAGAGUCCAGGAAAGGAAGACGAUGAACAAUGGCUUGCUUAUUGGAUCCUAUAUUCAUUUCUGACUUUAACAGAGAUGGUGUUUGAAUCCGUCUUAGAGUGGAUACCUAUUUGGUACUCGGCGAAGCUAUUGUUCAUAGCAUGGCUGGUUUUGCCGCAGUUCAAGGGAGCCACUUUCAUAUACGAAAGGCUUGUGAGGGAACAGAUUGUUAAAUAUGGGAUUUUGAGAGGCCGUCAUCCUGAUGGGAAGGGCAAGAAGAAAGGGGAACAAGAGGCUUCCUGAGGAAAAAAGGAUGGAUCUUGCGUUCCUUUGCUUGCUUCCUACUUCAAGCUCUGAUACUGGUUGUAUAACAUGGUUAGCUUCUGCACAAGUUUCUGGGUUUUAGAUCUUUGAGUACGUGUUGUAGUCAUUAGCAAUGGAAUGAUUAUGAAAAAGAAGAAGAAGCUGUGAUUAUGUUUGCAGUAAUCCAAUGUUCAAGUCUCAAAAGUAGCGGCAUCUAUACGCCAUAUGUAAGUACAUUAAUUUUAAUGUCCU